AUGGAUCUAGGUGAUUUAGCUGUGCCUGUAGCAGGCGCAAUCGCAGGUGUUAGUGCCGCAGCCGCUUAUAUCGACGCCAAAUACCACAUCUCCAAAGACAUACGAGGCAUUCGCGGCGCCAAAGCAGCGCAACGCGCCAUCGAGAAGAAUGGUCCGUAUAAGUCAUCUACACCGCAACUUUCAUUCGCUGACAAUAUGACAGCACAAGGCAAAGGCCUUUCCCUAUGGUAUCAGUUCGAAGCCCAAGUCCAACGUCUGCCCUCGACCGAAGAGUGCAUCUGGUCCCGCACCGGCUGCUACACCUGGGCCGAAACCUACGCCAACGCCUGUCGAUAUGGCCAAUAUCUCCACCAGAACGGCGUUGAGCCCGGCCAGCUUUUUGCCAUGUACAUGAUGAACCGACCCGAGUUCAUGUUCACACAUCUGGGCAGCUGGAGUAUAGGAAGCGCGCCGGCAUGGAUCAACUACAACUUGGCAGGCGAUGCGCUGGUACAUUGCUUGAAAGUGAGCGGUGCCAAGGUUCUGGUGGUAGAUGAGGACACAGACUGCAGGGCCAGGAUUGAGGCGGUGAGGGAGAGACUGGAGAAUGAUCUGGGUAUCAAGAUUCUGGUGCUCGACGACCAGCUAAAGGGAGAGAUCUCAAGGACAGAACCCAAGCGGCCUGAGAAUGAAUUGAGGGCAGGUGUAAAGCCAAACUUCCCCCUCUUCCUAUUCUACACAAGUGGCACAACCGGGCACCCGAAAGCCUGUCCGUUCCCGACGAUAAGAGCUGCUGGCUUAACAGGCCGCGUGGGUGGUAUGGGACUAAAGGUUGGGCCUAAUGGGGAUAGAUGGUAUGUUUGCAUGCCUUUGUACCACGGCACCGGAGGUACGACAGCGCUCGUUUGCAUGAUCGCCGGUAUCACCCUCUGCAUCGGCACCAAGUUUUCCACAUCAAAAUUCUGGAUCGACGUAUGCGACUCAAGAUCUACCGCCAUGGUGUACGUUGGAGAGACUGCUCGAUAUCUCCUCAACGCCCCACCCAGCGACCUCGACCGCAAGCACAACGUCCGAUGCAUGUUUGGAAACGGCCUCCGUCCCGAUGUGUGGCAGCGCUUUGUUGAUCGUUUCGGCAUCAAGUUAGUCGGCGAGUUUUUCAACAGUACUGAGGGUGUCAUGGCUCUCUUCAACCCCUCUAGCGGACCCUUCACAGCGACCUCGGUAGGGCACCAAGGUCUCAUUGACCGUUGGCGUUUUCGCAACACCUAUGUUCCGGUCGAAGUCGACAUGGUAACAGGUGAUCUCCUCCGCGACCCCAAGACCGGCUUCUGCAAACGCAAGUCGUACGAGGAAGGCAGUGAGAUCCUUGUCCAGAUGCCAAGUGAGGAUGCUUUCGUCGGCUACUGGAACAACCCAGAAGCUACUCAGAGUCGUUUCGAGCGCAAUGUCUUCCAGAAGGGUGAUCUCUGGUACCGUACUGGUGACGCUCUCCGUCGUGACGCCGAUGGCAGAUGGUUCUUCAUGGACCGAUUGGGCGACACUUUCCGCUGGAAGUCUGAGAACGUAAGCACAGCAGAAGUCAGCGAAGCCCUCGGCUCCUUCCCCGGCAUCCAAGAAGCAAACGUUUAUGGCGUAGAAGUGCCAGGUCACGACGGUCGAGCGGGAUGUGCAGCCAUCUACAUCGACCCUGCACACCGAGACUCUUUCAACUUCAACGCCUUGCUCGCACACGCAAAGCAGAAGCUGCCCAAGUAUGCAGUGCCUGUGUUUUUGAGGGUACAAAAGGCAGUGACUACCAUGCACAACAACAAACAGAACAAGGUCCCGCUCAGGAACGAUGGCAUCGAUCUCAGGAAGCUUAUGGAGCGCGCAGACAAAGAGGCAGCUGAGAAGGGCGUAGAGGCAGAAUAUGAUACCAUGUACUGGCAUCCCGCUGGGCUUGGUGUUGGCAAGGGAAGGGCGGAUGGAGACAGCUAUGUUGUGUACACAAUGGAGGAUUGGGAUACGCUCAAGGGCAGUGCUGCUAAGCUAUAA